AUGCAGUCCAGGACAAAAGAUCCCAGCACCCUCACGGUACAAACGGUGCAAUCUUUGCCCGUGGAUGACGUCGACCUAAUCGACGUCAGAACUGACCCCAGAGCUCUAUGGAUCAAGGACCGGAUCUGCGCAUUCAUGGGGCUCACUGAUGAAGACCUGGUUUAUAACAUGUUCGAUGAACCGGGGGUCACGGAGAAGUUUUCUAGAUUCAUUUCUGCUCCGAUUGGACCCACGGAGCUGGGGUUGGAUAAAAAGACGUUUUAUCUCACAAAGAUUAUUGUCGAUAAGCUUAUACAUGACGAUAAGGAGUUUACUGAAUGGAGGCUCGUCCCACCUCCGCCCCCUCCCCCGCCCCCGCCACCACCCAAGAAGAAAGGGAAGGGUAAGAAAGAGCCAGAGCCAGCAGCUCCUUCACCGUCUGCUGACAAACUGGAGACCAUGAGUGUGAAGAGCAUGAAGAGUAUGAGGAGUCUUAGGAGCGUCAGGAGCCUUAGGACUUUUGGCUCUAAAAAAGAUAUCGACAACACGGCAGUUGCUGAUAUAGAGGAAAGCGAGACAGAGGGAUCGGACCUCACACUCGUAGAGGAGGAGCUGCCGUUGAAAGCGGAGGAUUCUUACUACUUCCCACCACCACCCGAAGACAUCGAUCCGGAAAUCGACGGAACUAUCGAAUAUUACACAAUUAUCAGGCCAGUACCCCGCAUCAUCAAAUACCCGAAACUCGUUCCAAUUUUCGGCGCCUUCACACCACAGACGUCGAACCGAAAAUGCCGCUACAUAUACUUCAUGAGGCUAGCCCCCCAUGGUGUCCAGCUGGCUGAGAGCCCAGAGAUCACUAUGGCGACGAUGCCAGAAAAGUUUCUGGUUGGCUUGCUGUCGGGAAAAGUUCUGAUGAGCUUGGGAUUGCAACUGAAAGAGUCCUUCAUACCGCUGUUCAAGAGGCAGUUCCGAGAGAUCUCCAUCGCGGAUGAUGAUGACGACGGGGCUCCGCUUACUCGCCAAGUGUCCUUCGCAGGAGGGCACGGAGAUCGGGAACUGACGAAGGAGCAACACAAAAUUAAAAGUAUGCGUACCGUAUCAGGUGUAGCUACUCCUCGGUCUACCAAGUCAAAUUUUAUGACGAUUGACGAGGAAGGAGACCACCUACCAUCGCAAGGCAAGACUGCAGCUGAUGAAGUCACCAAUGAUAUAACAGACCUCAUCGGGAUCGUCGAUUGGACCAUAGAGCACAUAGAGGGUGAGAUCCACCUGCCUAUGCCGGUGAUUCCAGCUCUGCAGGAAGAACAGGUGGUCCACGACCUGAAGGACGAAGAGUUUGUGAACCAGCUGCAAGAGGCCGUCAACAUGUGGGCGAACCAUAUCGAUGAGACUAUCAAGGCUUGUCUGGGGAAGACUCGGCAAGGUGAUGGUCCGGUAGCCGAAUACAGGUACUGGAGAGAAAGAGACGCAGAAUUGUCGCUGCUGGUGGAGCAACUGAAACAGCCGAUGGUGGUCAAGAUAAUGGCGCUGCUGCACAAGGCGAAGCCUAAGGCACUGGAUAGCUUCAUGCACUAUAAAGAGAACUUGCUUGAGCAGUACAACCUGGCGGGAGACAACCUGAAGUUCCUGUCUACUCUAAUGCGGUUCUUUAAUGUGAUAGAAGAUGAGUCUCCCCUCGUCCAAGUGAUGGAAAUGCUGCCAGAACUAGUGGAGAGCAUCUACAUGAUGUGGGUUCUUUCCAAGGGGUACAGGGAUGAUGACACCAUGGUACCUCUGCUGUCGAGGAUAUCCUGGGCUCUUAGCAACAAGCUGGAGAGAUUCCUGAAUGUUCAUAAGUUAUUUGAUAAAUCCAACGAAGAAGUUCUCAGCGUCUCGCGAACCGGUCAGAAAAUAAUGGAAAUGUGGCAUUCCCUAUAUAAAGAGACAAGACAACAGAUAGAAAUGAGUGGGAAAGGGGCGAGGUGGGAGUUUGAUCAGCCACUACUGUUCACCACCACUGAUUAUAUAGGAGAAGUGGCGAGAGAUCUCGGAGAUGUUAUACAGGUGUUGAUAGACUUCGAACGAAUCUUUGGUCCAGAACUAGCAUCCAUCAUCAGUGAUCCGACACAGAUCGACGAUGUCCGCAAACGUGUCAAGAAUCUCGUUUUCCCGAUCAGAACUAUUGAUUUCAGUGUGUUCGUAUACGACAACAAGGAGAACUGGGACGUCAUCAUGGGAGACUUUUGGACUGAAGUGCGCUUUCUGGAGGAGGAGGCGAAGAAUUAUAUAAACUCCAGUUUUGCAAAUUUGAGAUCUUCUGAAGAAGCUCUCGAUGUACUUCUAAAAUUCUUGGAGUUCGACACCCGGGCGUCCAUCCGUAACCAACUGGUAACCAAGUUCGACUUUGUGAUGCGGCAGUUCACUAAGGAGCUCACCAUCAUUGAGGACACAUUUACGCGGUUCCGUAAGAAUCCUCCUUUACUACGGAACCACCCGCCCAGUGCUGGUGCCGUCUACUGGGCGCGAGCGUUAUUCAACAAAAUGAAGAGACCGAUCAUGAAGUUCCAAACAAUGGACGUGACGUGGCGAGACCUGACCGUGCACAAGUUAGUUCAGGAGUAUGACCUGGAGUUCCAACCUCAGCUGGACAAGGACCUGUUCCUGUUGAUACGCGAGGCUGAAUUGAUGGAGCAGCUGGGUUUCGACCUCCCCACCAACAUACGCGACGUGUCAAUGCAGAAAGCCCGUAUCUACUACGAACUGGAAGCUCUGACCGAGGUUAUAUCCAUGUACAACAAAACUACGUCCUCCCUCAGUCUCUCGGAGACGUUUCUCAUGAAGCGCCAUCUGUUGGACAUGGAGAGACAUGUGAUGCCGGGGCUGACUAGGCUCAACUGGAAUGCGUUGGGAAUUAAUGAUUAUAUUAAGGAUAUUAGCAAAGGUGAAAAAUCGUUGAAAGCUGUUUACCAACAAUUGAAGAUGGUUGAGAAAGAGAUUGUAUUUUUGAUGCAGCAGUUGGAGAUGUUUGAUUUAUUCCCAGUACUUAAACCUAAAGAUUAUGUUGAUCCGGUGACGAAACAACCGGAUGAUACGUGGCUGUAUCCUUGCAAGACUUACUUCGUGCAAGUAUCUCACGAGCGCUUAGAGCGGGUCGCUCAACUCUCUCGGAUCUACGACCGCAUCGGACCCAUACUCAUGAAACUGGAGUACCUGAUCCUUGGUUCUAGUACCGGAAAGUCCGAUGUGAUGAUCCAGUACUAUGAUUACUGGGAGAAAUACAUAUUCAAGGGGCUUGUUAAGCUCACCCUGGAGAACCUGGAGAGUUUCCAACAGCAGCUGAGCGACAAAGAUCCCAUGUUCCAAGUGGACGCCAUGCUAGUCCCGCCGGACAUUACCAUGCGACCCACGCCCCCUGAAGUCUGCAACAUUUUAGGCCAUGACAUGAGACAUUUCUUCAAUAGAUUAACAUCAUUUCCCCGCUGGAUGAAGAAGACCUGCUUGCCCUGUGCCCCCCAACAGAUAAAGGAAGCCACAGGAAACGAGUUCUAUGUAUUCUCAUUCUUUGAGGACAUUCUGAGGGUAGUCUCUAUUAACGACAUCACCCUGCUUAUACAGGACACCAUCUAUCGGCUGACCCAGGACAUCAAUACUUAUAUACAGAAGUGGCAUAAAUACCAACACCUCUGGGCGUAUGAUAAGGCCUUAUCCUGCGAAAAGUACAUACAAAAACACGAGCAAAUACAAAAAUACGACGAAAAGUUCUUCUUCUUCGAAGACAUUAUAGCGGAUUUAGACGCGCAUGUCAAAUUUGUUGAUAUCGGUGCUAUAAGAGUUAAUUUAAGACCAAUUAUACGACAAAUACAGGACCAUGCCAAUGAGUGGAAACAGUGUUUGGGGAACAGUAUCGCUGGUAAAACUAGAAUGAAUAUGCAAGAUUUGAAGAAUCAAAUUGAGUCUUUCCGUAUGACGAUGAACAUGAACAUAAAAGGUCUUGAAGAUUUUAAGUUGGUGAUGGCGACAAUCGCCAUGGUACAGCAGUAUACCAUCACGGCUGAAGUCAAACGAAGACAUCAAUUCGCCAAAGGCCUCCAAGCGUCAUGGGGCACACUGUACCAAACCUCCCUCUUCCGGGAACACUCUGAACAGACCAAGGAGAAGUUCUCGAAACUGAACGUGAUAGAGAUCGCCAACUUCCUUAAGGAGUUGGAUGAUUUUGUGGAGAAGUUCGAUGCGGAGGGACCAGCGACUGUGGGAGAGGAUAUGGAUAGAGGACUGUUACUCAUGGAGGAGUACACGAAACAUUUCGACGAGCUGGACGCCAGGAAGAAAGCGUUGCAAGCCGCUGAACAGCUGUUCGACAAUCCCCUUGCAGACUUCUCGAAUUACAACCGCGCCAAAACUGACUUCUCGUACAUGGAACAGGUGUACAAGAUAUACAAGGCGCAGAAGAACGCAAGAGAAAUAUGGGCCAAGACUCUUUGGGUUAACCUGAACCCUCAGGCCUUGGUUGAUGGGAUUGAGCAGUUCUUUAAAGAGUACAGGAAACUAGCUAAACCAGUGCGACUCAGCCCCACUGGUCUACAGCUAGACUUGAAGAUGAAACAGUUCAAAGGUGUCGUGCCGCUCAUGGUGUCUCUCAAAAACGAGGCCAUGCGAGAGCGACAUUGGAAAGAGCUCAUGCACAAGACUGGGCAAACAUUCGACAUGUCUCCCGAACGUUUCACCCUCGAGAACAUGUUCGCUAUGGAGCUGCACAAGUACCAGGACGUGGCUGAAGAGAUCGUCAACCACGCGAUCAAGGAGUUGGCCAUAGAACGCGGAGUGAAGGACGUUCAAGAGACAUGGGCAAACAUUCAGUUCACAGUGGCCCGCCAUUGGAACAGGGGGGAGGACCGUGGUUACACACUCAACCCUUGCGAUGACAUCAUUGUCAAAGUUGACGACGACUCCAUGUCGCUACAGAGCAUGGCUGCUUCACAAUUCAUCGGCCCAUUCCUCUCAGUAGUACACACUUGGGAACGCCGGUUGUCCACCAUAUCCGAGGUCAUAGAGGAAUGGAUGGCCACGCAGCGCAAGUGGCUCUAUCUGGAGGGCAUCUUUGUAGGUGGAGAUAUUAGACAACAGCUACCGGAGGAAGCGAAGAAGUUUGAUGACAUUGACAAGUCCUUUAGAAAGAUCAUGCUGGACACUGCAAAGAGGCUGAACGUCGUGGACUGUUGCUGUAUCUCCGGACGCCUGGAAGAGUUCGUCAAUCUGGGACUAGGGCUACAGAAGUGCCAGAAGUCGCUGAACGACUACUUGGACUCGAAGCGGCGGAUAUUCCCUCGUUUCUUCUUCAUCUCCACCGAUGAGCUGCUCUCAAUCCUUGGCAGCAGCGAGUGCACCUGUGUGCAGGAGCACAUGAUCAAGAUGUUCGACAACAUAAAAGCUCUGGACUUGUACGUGGAUCACACGAAUCGUCCCGUCGCUGCCAAGAUGAUAUCUGCUGAAGAGGAGAUAAUGGAGUUCCGUAGCGUGGUGUACACCGAGGGACGGGUCGAGGACUGGAUGAACCUGGUGCUCUGCGAAAUGCGGCGCACCAACAAGUUCAUCACCAAGAAGGCCAUCUUCUACUACGGGAGGAAUUGGCGGGUUCCCAGGACGGAAUGGAUUCUGGAGUACCAAGGAAUGGUGUGCCUCGCAGCCAACGGGGUUUGGUGGACGGCGGAGACAGAAGAAACCUUCAUACGAAUCCGCAAAGGGAACAAGAGAGCCAUGAAAGAGCAUCUACAGGAGCAGAAUGAGCAGCUCGAUGGGCUGGUUGUGAAAGUGAGACAAGAUUUGGGGUCCAACGACCGGCUAAAGUUUCGAACGAUAGCCACAAUCGACGUGCACGCGCGUGAUAUCAUCGAGAGUUUCGUGCGCGACAACGUGACAGAGGCAGCAGAGUUCGAGUGGGAGAGCCAGCUGCGGUUCUACUGGUUGAAGAGGGACGACGCUUUGUGGAUACGACAGUGCACUGGGGUGUUCGAAUAUGGUUACGAGUACAUGGGUCUGAACGGCCGGCUGGUGAUCACGCCGCUCACGGAUCGCAUCUACCUCACCAUCACGCAGGCUCUUACCAUGCAACUGGGCGGUGCACCUGCAGGCCCCGCUGGUACAGGGAAGACGGAAACCACCAAAGACUUGGCCAAAGCCCUGGGGCUUCUAUGCGUGGUCACCAACUGUGGCGAGGGCAUGGACUUCCGCGCUGUGGGACAGAUUCUCGCAGGGCUGUGCCAGUGCGGCGCGUGGGGUUGCUUCGACGAAUUUAACAGGAUCGACAUCUCUGUGCUGUCCGUCAUAUCCACCCAGCUGCAAUGCAUCAGAAGUGCCUUGCUUAUGAAGCUCAAACGGUUCACGUUCGAAGGUCAAGAGAUAGCGAUGGACAGCAAAGUGGGCAUCUUCAUCACCAUGAACCCAGGGUACGCUGGACGUACGGAACUCCCGGAGUCAGUGAAGGCUCUGUUCAGGCCCGUGGUCUGCAUUCUGCCGGAUUUGGAGAUGAUCUGCAUGAUAUCGCUGUUCUCUGACGGAUUCCUGACUGCUAAGGUCCUGGCAAAGAAGAUGACAGUGCUAUACAAAGUGGCCCGAGAACAGCUGUCGAAACAGUCUCACUACGACUGGGGGCUCCGGGCCCUGACUGCCGUGCUUCGGAUGGCGGGCAAGAUGAGAAGAGAGGGCGUCGGGCUGCAGGAGAUCGUCGUGCUAAUGCGAGCUCUAAGGGAUAUGAACUACCCGAAGUUCGUGUUCGAAGAUGUGCCACUAUUCCUGGGGCUGAUUAAAGACCUGUUCCCGGGCGUGGAUUGCCCGCGAGUCGGCUACCCGGAGUUCAACGCCGUGGUGCUCGAAGUGUUGGAGAAGGAUGGCUACAUCAUUAUGCCCGUGCAGGUGGACAAAGUCGUGCAGCUGUAUGAGACCAUGAUGACGCGUCACUCAUCCAUGAUUGUGGGUCCCACGGGCGGAGGGAAGACGGUGGUGGUACAGACCCUGGUUAAAGCUCAGACCAAUAUGGGCUUGCCCACCAAGCUGCAAGUCCUCAACCCUAAGGCCUGUUCCGUAAUAGAACUGUACGGAAUCUUGGACCCGGUGACCAGAGAUUGGACGGAUGGACUGUAUUCCAAGAUUUUCCGAGAGAUGAACCGACCGGCAGAGGAAGGCGAGCGCCGCUACUCUCUCUUCGACGGCGACGUAGACGCCCUCUGGAUCGAAAACAUGAACUCCGUCAUGGACGACAACAAGCUCCUAACCCUGGCCAACGGCGAACGGAUACGCCUGGCUUCAUACUGCGCGCUGCUUUUCGAAGUCGGCGACUUGAACUAUGCCAGCCCUGCCACUGUGUCUAGGGCUGGCAUGGUCUUCGUCGAUCCUAAAAAUCUUGGAUACGAACCGUAUUGGGAAAGGUGGCUUCGAGGCCGCAACAACGAGGAGGAACGCGAGCAGCUGAAGGAUCUCUUCGACCACUACGUGGCCGGAGCCAUUAACUACAUAGUGUUUGGACUGUUCGGCCUGCAGCAGCAAACGCCUCUGAAGACCAUUGUACCGCAAACUGGGCUUAAUCUGUCGAUGUACAACAGUCUGGGCGCCGCAAUAGUGGAUGACGGUCGUUUCGACUUCGAUAACUACAUCAAGAAGGCGUGUCCGAUGAUGCUUGUUGAAGAUAGUCUCGAAAAGAAGGCCACUACCAAACAUUUCCCCAUGGCGUUCCCAACAUUGUACGACUACUGUUUGGAACUGUCAACACUGACUUGGGAGGCGUGGGUGUGGUUAAUCCCAGAAUACGUCCAUGACAGGGAGAUGAGGUUCUCGGGUAUAUUGGUCCCGACCGUGGACACUUUACGGAUGACGUGGCUUAUUAAAAUUAUGGAGAGCGUGGAAAGGCCAGUGUUACUCGUUGGCGACACAGGGACUUCAAAGACUGCCAUCAUCAGCAAUUACUUGAGAGGUUUGCCGCCUGAAAAAUACCUGGUCCAACAAAUGAACUUCUCCUCUCGAACUUCGUCAAUGGACGUGCAGCGCAACUUGGAGUCAGUGGUGGAAAAGCGAACUAAAGAUACAUUCGGUCCGCCUGUUGGGAAGAAACUUCUCGUCUUUAUAGACGAUAUGAACAUGCCUAUUGUGGACACAUACGGCACUCAACAACCGAUAGCUUUGUUGAAACUUCUAUUCGAGAGGAAAGGUUUCUACGACAGGGGCAAGGACCUGAACUGGAAGAACCUGAAGGACAUAGGCUUCCUUGCUGCUAUGGGUAAAGCUGGAGGUGGUAGGAACGAUGUGGACCCUCGCUUCAUCUCCAUGUUUUCGGUGUACAAUCUGCAGUUCCCUGCAGAAACCACCCUCCGGCAUAUUUACACCUCCAUCAUUGCGGGCCAUUUUGAUAUCUUCCCAGAAGAAAUACAAGAAAUAACUGACAAAAUCGUCCAAAUGACUCUAGACCUUUACAAGAUUAUAAUAGUGGAGCUCCCGCCGACCCCCGCCAAGUUCCACUACAUCUUCAACCUUCGCGACCUGUCCCGCAUCGCCGCUGGCCUGCUGCUGACACACCCCAACUACUUCAGCGAGAAGCGCGCCAUGGUCCGGUGCUGGCGCAAUGAGUUCACAAGAGUAAUUUGUGACAGACUUAUCAACAUGCAGGACAAUGAGCUCAUGCGGAACCACAUGAAAGAGCACAUAGUGAAAUACUUCCCUGAGGAGGAACCCGUAGUGCUGGAAGAGAUUGUCGUCCCUGAGGAAGAGGUCAAGGAGGAGGAGGAAUUAGACGAAUUUGGUGACCCUAUAAUAAAGGAGAAGAAACCGGAAGAAGCCGGUGCAGACGCGGACGAAACCGUUGAAGAGGAAAUUGAAGAAGAACAGGAAAGAGUGUUGACGUUGGAAGAAUACGUGGAACGAGACCCGUUACUGUUCGGCGAUUACAGAAACGCACUAGAUGAAGAGGAGAUCCGAUACUAUGAGGAUCUGCUUGACUACGAGGCCGUUUAUUUCUUGUUCCAAGAGAUCCUGGACGAAUAUAAUGAGCGCAUUGGCAAGAUGUCAGUCGUGUUGUUCGAAGAUUGUCUGGAACACUUGACGCGCACGCAUCGAAUCCUGCGCAUGGACAGAGGCAACGCUAUGAUCAUCGGCGUUGGUGGGUCGGGCAAGAAGAGCAUUUGCCGGCUGGCUGCUUUCGCUGCAGGUUGUGAUACAUUCGAGAUCACGAUCACACGCAACUACAACGAGAACACGUUCAAGGACGACAUGAAGCGGCUGUACAACCAGCUCGGGGUGGAAAACAAGAAGACCGUGUUCCUGUUCAUGGCUGCACAGAUCCUGGAGGAAGGUUUCUUGGAAUUCAUUAACAACAUUCUGAUGAUCGGCAUGAUACCAGCGCUCUUUGGCGACGAUGAAAAGGACGCCAUCAUCAACUCUGUGCGUAAUGCCAGCGCCGACGCUGGAUACGGAGUUGCCAAAGACGCUGUCUGGGCAUUCUUCUGCAACAGAUGUGCUGAUAAUCUCCACGUAGUCCUCUCUAUGUCGCCAAGCGGUGACAUCCUCCGUAACAGGUGUCGAAGUUUCCCAGGGUUGGUGAAUAAUACGACUAUUGAUUGGCAGUUUCCGUGGCCAAAGCAAGCUUUGUUGGCAGUAGCUAAUGUAUUCUUAGCAGACGUUGAAAAGAUACCCGAAGAGUUCCGUCCGAUAAUAGUAGAGCAUGUUGUUCAUGUUCAUAUGUCUGUCGCAAGAUAUUCAGUGGAGUUCUUGCUACGGCUUCGUAGGAACAACUACGUCACGCCAAAGCACUAUAUGGAUUACUUGACUACUUAUUUGUCGCUGCUAAAUGAGAAAGAUUCGUUCAUCAUCGCACAGUGUGAGCGUCUAAUCGGCGGUUUAGCGAAGAUCGAGGAAGCAAACGUACAGUUAGAAGACUUGAAUGCCAAGCUCGCCGUCCAGAAGGUUAUAGUGGCUGAGCAGACGAAGGAAUGCGAAGUACUGCUCAAGGAAAUUUCAGUCGCAACGGACGCGGCUCAGAGCAAGCAGCAAGUUGCAGCCAUAAAGAGCGCAGAAAUCACCGAACAGAAGGUCGUCAUUGCUGAGGAGAAGUCAGAAGCCGAAGAAGCGCUAUCAGCGGCUAUGCCUGCUUUGGAGGCCGCUAGAUUGGCUUUGGCCGAUUUGGAUAAGAACGAUAUCACUGAAAUUAGGUCCUUCGCCACUCCGCCUGAGGCUGUGCAGGUGGUAUGCGAAUGCGUAGUCAUCAUCCGCGGCAUCAAGGACGUGAGCUGGAAGGGCGCGAAGGGCAUGAUGGCGGACCCCAACUUCCUGCGGAACUUGCAGGAGAUGAACUGCGACCUCAUCACGCAGAAGCAGGUUAAAGAUGUAAAGGCACAUAUGAAGAAGAGCAAGAAGCUAGACACUAUGCAAUCGAUCAGCAAGGCUGGAUACGGUCUCCUCAAAUUCGUCAUCGCCGUACUCGGCUACUGCGCAGUGUACAAAGAAGUCAAACCGAAGAAAGACAAAGUGGAACAACUAGAGAAGGAAUACACAGAAGCCAUUAACUAUUUAGAGUCGCUGAACAGGGAAAUCAACAGGCUGCAGAGGACAUUAGAUGGUCUGAACGCGAAGUAUGACACGGCUAUGUUGAGAAGACAGGAGCUGCAGGAAGAAACCGAUAUCAUGAUGAGGCGAUUGGUUGCUGCUGAUAAACUGAUGUCAGGUUUGUCAAGCGAGCAGAAACGCUGGACGAUCGACUUAGCAGCCCUCUACGUGGAGCAAUCCCGGCUCAUCGGCAACUGCCUGCUCUCCGCCUCGUUCCUCUGCUACGCCGGGCCGUUCUCGUUCUCGUUCCGCGCGACGAUGAUCUACGAGGACUGGUUCGGGGACCUCACGGAGAGGGGGAUACCGCUCACGCUGCCGUUUACCGUCGAGAGGAACUUAACUAAUGAGGUGGAGAUUAGCGGUUGGAAUUCUGAAGGCUUGCCUCCAGAUGAGUUGUCUGUGCAGAACGGUAUCCUCACCACAAGGGCUUCGAGGUUCCCACUAUGUAUUGAUCCUCAAACACAAGCUCUCACGUGGAUCAAGAAACGGGAGGCUAAAAAUAAUCUGAAGGUUCUUUCCUUCAACGACCCACAAUUCCUGAGACAGUUGGAAAUGGCCAUCAAAUAUGGAAUGCCAGUACUCUUCCAAGAUGUCAACGAAUACAUAGAUCCAGUAGUGGACAACGUACUGGAGAAAAAUAUAAAAGUGGAGAGCGGUCGUACCUUCGUGAUGCUGGGCAGCAACGAAGUGGACUACGAUCCUCACUUCCGGAUGUAUCUCACGACCAAGCUGGCCAACCCGCAAUUCAACCCUGCCGCCUACGCCAAGGCCGUAGUCAUCAACUACACUGUCACUGUGCAGGGUUUGGAAGACCAGCUCCUCAGCGUCGUAGUAAGAGCAGAACGAGCCGACUUGGAGGAGCAGCGUGAAAGCCUCAUCAUAGAGACCAGCGCCAACAAGAGUCUGCUGUCUGGGCUAGAAGACAGUCUGCUCAGAGAGCUGGCCACGUCCACAGGCAACAUGCUGGAUAACGUGGAGUUGGUCAACACUUUGGAAAAUACAAAGUCGAAAGCUGGUGAGGUGAUGGAGAAACUAACUCUUGCCGAAGCCACAACGAAGGACAUCGAGAAGUUCCGUGACGGAUACCGACCUGUGGCCAAACGUGGCUCCAUAUUGUUCUUCGUGCUCUCCGACAUGGCUGGAGUCAACAGCAUGUAUCAGUACUCGCUUUCGUCUUAUCUUGAAGUGUUUGCGUUCUCUCUGCGUAAGGCUAUGCCCAACGUGAUCCUGGGUCGACGUCUCCGAAACAUCAUCGACAUGCUCACAAAGAACGUUUACGAUUAUGGUUGUACUGGUAUCUUUGAACGGCAUAAGCUGUUGUUCUCGUUCCAAAUGGACAUAAAAGUGGAACAGAGCGAGGAUAACGUCAGUCAAGCGGAACUGGACUUCUUCAUCAAGGGUAACGUGUCUUUAGAGAAGGCUGCAAGAGCUAAUCCUACUACCUGGCUUCCCAGCUCCGGUUGGCAAGACUUAGUUAAGCUGAGCAAUGAUUUCCCGGAUGCGUUUGCUAAUCUCCUCGACCACAUCUCUCGUGGAGUUGAUGAAUGGCAAGAGUGGUUCGACAGUGACACUCCAGAAACAGCGCAUAUUCCCAAUGGAUACCGCGAAAUACUCAAGCCUUUCGAACUCUUAAUGUUACUGCGAUGCUUCCGAGUGGACCGCAUCUACAGAGCGUUGACGGACUACAUCACUGUAACCAUGGGCGAGGAGUAUAUCACCCCACCAGUUAUCAGCUUCGACGUGAUCUUUGAGCAGACCAGCCCGUUUACGCCAGUAGUAUUCAUUCUGAGUCCCGGGUCCGAUCCAACAGCAGACUUGAUGAAGCUGGCCGAUCGCUGCGGAUUCGGCGGAGGCAAAUUCAAGUAUUUAUCACUUGGGCAAGGUCAAGAAGGGGCUGCCCUUGCUCUGCUGGAAGGCGCGAUCUCCCACGGGCAAUGGCUGAUCCUCCAGAAUUGCCACUUACUGGUGUCCUUCCUUCGGGAGCUGGAGAAGCAACUGGAGAUGAUGGAGAAACCUCACCCGGAGUACAGACUGUGGCUCACCACGGAUCCCACGCCCACCUUCCCUAUUGGCAUUCUGCAGAGGUCGCUCAAAGUUGUGACAGAGCCGCCCAACGGCCUGAAGCUGAACUUGCGCAACACGUACUUCAAGAUGCGUGCGCACGCGCUCGAAGAGUGCACGCACCCCGCCUUCAAGAAGCUCGUCUAUGUGCUGGCUUUCUUCCAUGCUGUGGUCCAGGAACGACGAAAAUACGAUAAAAUCGGAUGGAACAUCUCAUACGAUUUCGGCGAGUCGGACUUUGCCGUGUGCAUGCAAAUUCUGAACUGCUAUCUAGACCGGUGCUAUGCGGCCAAGGGACCAAUUCCGUGGUCAACGCUGAAGUACUUAUUUGGAGAGGUGAUGUACGGCGGCCGAGUGAUCGACGAUUUCGACCGGCGCGUGGUGAAAACCUACAUGGAUGAGUACAUGGGAGACUUUUUGUUCGACAAGUUCCAGCCCUUCCAUUUCUACAAGGACUCGGUAUUCGACUACGUUAUACCGCCUGAUUGCGAGCGAGACGAAUAUAUCUGUAAUGUUCAUCGACACACUGCCCUGGUGAAUUCGCCGGAGGUCUUCGGGCUGCACCCCAACGCUGAGAUCGGAUAUUUCAGCCAGGCUGUGCGAGAGAUGUGGGGACAUCUGAUAGAGCUACAGCCUAAGACGAGCGAGGGCGGCGGCGCCAUGUCACGAGAGGACUUCAUCGACAACAUCGCCGUAGACGUGCUAGCCAAGCUGCCGCCGUUGUACGAGGUGUGGCGCGUGCGCAAGGCUUUCGAGAUGAACCUCACGCCGACCGGAGUUGUGCUCCUACAGGAACUAGAACGGUUCAACCGCCUGAUCAGCCGCAUGCGUACAACCCUCACGCUUCUUCGCAAAGCGUUGGCGGGCGAAAUCGGCAUGGACGCUGUUCUAGACAACGUGUCCUAUAGCUUGUUCAAUGGACAACUGCCUAACGUGUGGCGGGCACUCGCCCCAGCCACUUGUAAGGGGCUGGGAGGCUGGAUGGAUCACUUUAUGUCUCGGACUAAGCAGUACACUGACUGGGCCACAAUAGAAGAGCCAGUGGUGAUCUGGUUAUCGGGGCUGCAUAUCCCCGAGUCGUACCUGAUCGCGGAGAUCCAGAUCGCGUGCCGACUGUACACCUGGCCCCUCGAUCGCUCGACGCAGUUCACACGCGUCACGCAAUGGACCUGCGCUGACGACAUCGAGGAGCGACCGACUACCGGUUGCUACGUCCGCGGUUUGUACCUCGAAGGCGCGCGUUGGGACCUCGAAGACAAGUGUCUGCGACGCUCGCACCCUAAAGUAUUGGUCACGGAGAUGCCCAUCAUAUACAUCAUUCCCAUCGAGUCGCACAAGGUCAAACUGCAGAACACACUCCGGUCGCCAGUGUACACGACGUCGACUCGCCGCAACGCCAUGGGAGUGGGUCUGGUGUUCGAGUCCGACCUGUGGACCGCCGAGCACGCGUCGCACUGGGUGCUGCAGGGCGUUUGCCUCAUCAUGAACACUGACUAGAGCCAUGUGUGAAACCCUAGUAUUACUAUUAGCACAGUAUAAUAAAGAGUACUAUCGUACAGUAUGGCCACUCCCACUCCCUGCUGAAAGUGCUGCCCACUCCCUCUCGGUUACCUCACAGUUACCGCCUGUCCAAAAUGCGAACAGUCAAC